AUGUACCCGAUCUUUGUGUUUGCUGCCGAGGUGGCCGGGUUGGUGACGGCACCUGUCAACCCGGCGUUGACGGUGGGUGAGCUGGCCAAGAGUCUGCAGCAGGCGAGUGUGGAUGUUGUUCUUGCUCAUCCCAGCUGUCAAGAGUCCGCACGGGCUGCUUGGACCCAAGCGAAGGAUGCUAUGGGUCGUUCUGACAAGCAAGGACUGUUCAUGUUCGACGAUGCUGAUGAGCUCGUCACUGGUGCUCACGGCGAGGCGGAUCUGCGCGCGCAGAUGACGGAGAACGAACUCGAAUCCUACCGCGUCGAAGAUCCUACGACGGAAACGGCAUUUAUUAUGUUCUCCUCCGGCACCUCGGGCAGUGCUAAGGGCGUCGAGAUCACCCACUCGAACGUCAUCCAUUCCGUCAUGGCGCUUGUCGCCACCCACGACGACUACUUUGGCCAGAAGGACGUCCAGGUCGGCUUUCUGCCCUUCUACCACAUCUUUGGUCUCAUCAAGCUCAUGCACCACCCUUUCCUGUUGGGCAUGAAGAUCGUCAUCCUCCCCAAGUUUUCCCUCGAGGUCUUCUGCGAGAAGAUCGAGCAGUAUCGCGCUACGGCGAGUCUUGUGGUUCCUCCGGUGCUGUUGCAGUUGGCUAAGAGCAAGGUGCCGGAGAACUACGAUAUGGGGUCGCUGAAAUGUGUUCAGUGUGGAGCGGCGCCGUUGUCGGCGGAACUGUUCGAGUUGUUGGAGAAGCGAUAUCCGGGAUUGGCCGUGUUGAACGGCUACGGUCUCACCGAGUCGCUGCCCUCGGUGAUCUGUUCGGGACCCAAGGAGUUGCCUAACUCCAAGGGUGCUGCGGGCCGUAUUGCGCCGGGGGUCGAGGUGCGAUUGGUUUCCGAGGAGGGGCACGAUGUUGGCCAGGAGCAGGGGAGGGAAGGUGUUCCUGGCGAAGUCUGGUUGCGUGGUCCCACGAUCAUGAAGGGGUACCUGGACAACGAGGUUGCUACCCGAGAGGCGUUUACCGAUGACGGGUGGUUCAAGACCGGCGAUGUGGCGGUGAUGCUCAACACGGAGAUCUUUAUCGUCGAUCGGAUCAAGGAUCUGAUCAAGUUUAAAGGUUUUCAGGUGUCACCGGCAGAAUUGGAGGCGGUGAUCACGGGUCAUCCCGAGGUGGCGGAUGUUGCCGUGUUUGGGGUGUGGAACCAGGACCAGAUGACCGAGUGUCCUAGGGCAUGUAUCGUGCCGAGGAACUUGGAGCUGCUGAAUCAGCCAGAGGAGUGCAUGGCGUUGGAGAAGAGGGUGAGGGCGCACAUGGAUGGUCUGGUGGCUGCACACAAGAAGAUCCGAGGCGGCAUCGAGUGGGUUGCUACCAUCCCGAAGAGUCCCUCUGGCAAGAUUUUGAGGAGGCUGUUGAGGGACGAGGCGGCUAGGAAGGAGGAGGGUAAGAAGGAGGGCGAAGGAAACUUGUUGAGGUCUACGCUGGUGACCAAGUUGCAGGUGCCUGGGAAGGAGGAGGAUGGUGAGAGCAGGGAUAGCAUUUUCAGCCCUAUCAGUCCUGUUGCUGCCGCCUAG